AUGCUGGCCAUGGCCCCACGCGCCGCGGAGCUGCCGUCGUCCGCCGCGUCUCCGGGCUUCAAACCCGCCGCCCAAGUGGUUAACACUAGCCUAACCGACGCGAACAAGCCCACCAAUGGCGCGCUGCCCUUCAAGGCGCAAUGCAAAUCCGCCGUGGCGCUGGUGAACGAGCGGCGCAUCGACUUCGUGCGCGCGCGCAACGUGCGCGUGAUUGGCCGCCUGGAGGAUACGCACAAGCAGAAGAAGGAGAAGAAGGAGGGCAAGCAACUCACGAGCGUCGAGGCGGUAGAGAGAGUGCUAACGUGGCAACACUCCAAGAAAAUCGGCCCGGGCUUCGCCAACUUGGGCAACACUUGCUACCUCAACUCGGUGUUGCAGUGUCUCACGUACACGCCGUGCUUCGCCCAGUACCUGCUGGAUAAGGAGGUGUUUGCGUCCUUCAACGGCGGAAUGUUGCCGGCAAGUGGCAAAAACGGCAACAAGUUCGGCAAAAACGGGUUUAACACCUCCGGCGGCGGCAACGGGUUUUGCAGUGUGCGCGCCAUGUCGCGUCUGUUGCAGUCCGUGCACGGCAACAACGCGGCCAAGGUGUUGCAGCCCAAGGAGCUGGUCAUGAACGUGCGCCACAUCUCCAAGAGCUUCCGCAUCGGCCGGCAGGAGGAUUCGCACGAGUUUUUCCGCCUGUUGCUGGACUCGAUGCAGCGCUCGUGCCUGCGGAAGGCCAACAUCAAGAGCGAAACGCACUCGGCCGCCUCCACCACGUUCGUGCACCGUAUCUUCGGCGGCAUGUUGAAGAAUUACCUUAAAUGCGCCAAGUGCGGGUACGUUUCCGAGCGGUUCGACGACUUUUUGGACCUGUCGCUCGAGAUUGCCCAUGGUGUUAACACUGUCAAAGGUGCACUUAACCACUUUACGGCAAUCGAGACGCUGGACGAUCGCAACGCCUGGAAAUGCACGAGUUGCGGCAAACCCAGCCGCGCUGAGAAGGGACUCACCAUUGCCGAGUGUCCCAACGUGCUCAUGAUCCAGCUAAAGAGGUUCGACCUCAUGUUCGGCAAAAUUAAGAGACACAUCGAAUUCCCUCGCAUGCUGGACAUUGCCUCGGGCAUGAGCAAAAACUGCGAAGACCGUCGACGCGGCCGCACCAAGUACGAAUUGCACGCGGUUUUAGUGCACGCCGGGUUUUCCACGGACUGUGGUCACUAUUACGCGUUCGUCAAGGGCUCGUCGGGCCAGUGGUACGAGAUGAACGACGACACCGUCAGGUGGGUGAGUAUUGACAUGGUGUUGCAGCAGAAGGCCUACAUGCUGUUUUACUCGCGGGUGUUGCCUCUGUCCGAGCGUCCCAAGCCUAAAAAUGAGGAGCAGGAGGUGAAGGCAAAAGCCAAGGAGUUGGUGGAAAAGGCCAAAAAGGAGGAGGUACCCGAAAAGGUUGCGACUGCUGUUGCUAAGCCGUUGCUGGCCAAGACGAAGGAGCUGGAUAUGAACGGGUUCCUUGCCAGUCUCAAGACGACGGUCACCUCUGGAGGUGAUGGAGAUAAGCCAUUAGUAGUGGUGCCGGCAAAGACCGGCAAGCGCAGCAAGACGGUGGUGACGUUUAAGGUUACGACCAAGUCGAAGCCGGUGGCGAAUGGGAUGCCGGUUGUCGAAGCGCGCCACCGGAUGAAGCGCGCAUUAACGCCUAGCUUCGGUGGUCGCGUGGGCCGGCUGUACCGGUUUGGACCGGCAUCGUACAAGUCGUACAAGUCUUGUCCGCGUCUCGUCAUGACCCGGUCGGUGACGGAAGUGUCGGUGGAGUCUGCUGGCACUGAGCCGGCAGCUGCUAAGUCUGCGCCGGCGGAGAAGACCAACGGAGUCACCAAGGUGCCGUUCGACCCGCGGCAGCUGAAGAAAAUCGGCGUGCGCAACGCGGCGUUGUUCGGCCGUGAGGUGGACAAGUGGGCAGGCGAGACGGACGUCGAAUCCUCGGAGACCACGAGUGCCGGCAGUGACGCUGCCGACAAUGCGCUGGCGGCCAAGCAUGACCGCGUGCUGAACGCGCUCAAGCAGGAGGAGUGGAAGCACCGCAACGCCGGGCGCCAGGACUACUGGGACGAGACCCUGGACAUGGGCAAGGUCAAGAAGGUGAAAAAGCGCAAGGAGUUCGUCCCGAACGAAGGCCGCAAGAACGCCUUCCAGACGGCGCUCGUGAAGAAGAAGAAAGAGGCCAAGCGCCAGCGCACGGCAUGA